GUUAAAACCCUCAUUCGUGACCUUGCUGCUCUCAGAUCUCGAAGUUAAUACUGCAAACUAGCUAUCAUGGGUAAAGAGAAGAUCCACAUCAACAUUGUGGUCAUUGGCCAUGUUGACUCUGGCAAGUCAACCACCACUGGUCACCUCAUCUACAAGUUGGGAGGUAUUGACAAGCGUGUGAUCGAGAGGUUCGAGAAGGAAGCCGCUGAGAUGAACAAGAGGUCAUUCAAGUAUGCCUGGGUCCUAGACAAGCUCAAGGCAGAGCGCGAGCGUGGUAUCACCAUUGAUAUCGCUCUCUGGAAGUUCGAAACAACCAAGUACUACUGCACGGUUAUCGAUGCCCCUGGACAUCGUGACUUUAUCAAGAACAUGAUUACUGGUACCUCUCAGGCUGACUGUGCUGUGCUUAUUAUUGACUCGACUACUGGUGGUUUUGAGGCUGGUAUCUCCAAGGAUGGGCAGACACGUGAGCAUGCUCUUCUCGCUUUCACUCUUGGAGUGAAACAGAUGAUUUGCUGCUGUAACAAGAUGGAUGCUACCACCCCCAAGUACUCAAAGGCCCGCUACGAUGAAAUUGUAAAGGAAGUCUCCUCCUACCUUAAGAAGGUUGGCUACAACCCCGACAAGAUCCCCUUCGUCCCCAUCUCGGGUUUUGAGGGUGACAACAUGAUUGAGCGAUCCACCAACCUUGACUGGUACAAGGGCCCUACCCUGCUAGAUGCCCUCGACCAGAUCAAUGAGCCCAAGAGACCCACAGACAAGCCCCUCCGUCUCCCUCUUCAGGAUGUCUACAAGAUUGGAGGUAUUGGAACUGUUCCAGUUGGUCGUGUAGAGACUGGAGUUUUGAAGCCUGGAAUGGUUGUUACUUUUGGACCCACGGGGUUGACUACUGAGGUUAAGUCCGUUGAGAUGCAUCAUGAGGCUCUGCAGGAGGCGCUCCCUGGUGACAAUGUUGGGUUUAAUGUUAAGAAUGUUGCUGUUAAGGAUCUUAAGAGAGGGUAUGUGGCUUCUAACUCGAAGGAUGACCCGGCUAAGGAAGCCGCUAACUUCACUUCUCAGGUCAUUAUCAUGAACCACCCUGGUCAGAUUGGUAACGGCUAUGCCCCCGUCCUCGACUGCCACACCUCCCACAUCGCCGUCAAGUUUGCUGAGAUCCUCACCAAGAUUGAUAGGCGAUCUGGUAAGGAGCUGGAGAAGGAGCCCAAGUUCCUCAAGAAUGGCGACGCUGGUUUUGUCAAGAUGAUUCCAACCAAGCCGAUGGUGGUCGAGACUUUCUCAGAGUACCCUCCUCUUGGUCGUUUCGCCGUUAGGGACAUGAGGCAGACCGCUGUUGGCCCACUUCCUCGGUUCGACGGGGAUCGUCCAAAUGACUCUUGCCGUUCGAUACAGGAAGGAGGGCGCCAUUGCUUGCGCCAACUUAUCACAGAUGCCUCCUUCACCCCUGAUUCUACUUCCACUCAGGUUCUAAAGAAGCCGGGUUUUCUAUUUGGAGAUCAUGUCAGGGAUCCUGCCACGCUGACUCUUUGUGAGGAGCAUUGGUUAACUCUUGACGGUGGAGCCUGUUUGUACAUCCCUUCGAUUCCACGCCACUAUUCUUUCAGUCAUUUGAAGGGGCAAGCCGUGGACCGGCAGAUGUCUUGGCAUCUUACUGAAGAUGCUGAUCGGGUUCAAUGCGGAUAUGCUACUAACCAUAAGACUCCUGGCUCUGAGGGGUAUCAUGACGUGCGUGGUCUACGACCCGGGAUCAUGGGUCUUGAUACUGCACCCCCAGGCGAGGUGUCAGCUGCUGCUCCGACUAACUUGGAUGGUGAUUCUAGUGCGCCCAUUCAUGAAUUAGACGUGAUGACUCCUUCGGCCGUUAAUGAGUUGUUGGAAAAGGCUGAGUGCGCCAUACCAGUGAACCUCUUCUUUUUCGCCACCAUUUUGGGCAUGAAGGUGGUGCGGACAUGA